UGUAUAAAAUUACUUUGUGGUGCACAAGUUGGUAUUCAAUUUCAUGUACAAGUACAUGUCGCCUUAUGUUCGUGAUUUCUUGCAAGUCUGCGGUUCUGAGCAGUUAGGGGCCUUUGUAUUUUCAAGGAACAGUGCAAGGCUCAGACUUUCUACGCAACUUCGUUUCAAUAAGGGAUUGUUUUGCCACUUACACGUAGCUACAGAAUUCUACCCUUGAAUCGGUUCUGUGGAGAUCUGCCAGUUUUCCGAUGCCAAGACGCCAUUAUGCUCUGCACUGGUUGUGAUGCUGUAGUGGAUAUUUUUGUAUAAAAAAAACACCCAUUGGAUAAAAUAGUCUUUUUCAUUGUUCAGCUAACUUGCAAUGUUUUAGGAAUGGAUACAUUUACUUGUAUCUUCUGAUGGGUCAUCUUGUCGCUUCACCGUAUCUUGAAAGCGAUUCCAUUGCAGCACUCUUCUGAAGUCUCGUCUGAUGAGCAGGAGCAUUUUAUACAAAAGGGAGGGGCUAAAUAUGUAGGCAGGACACCGAUGGUGAAUUCAGUCUCUCGAAAGAGCUCUGGAACUUGGCCGUGAAUCAAUCUGUCUUCAUCAUCUGUGAUACGCCACACUGAAUGGGAUAGCACCCAUGCAUCGCGUUAGCAUCAUGGACGACGACCCUAACCCUUUUACUUAUAGAACCAAUUAUAAAUAUCGCAAGAAGCAACCUUUUAGAUCCAAACUGAGCUCCUUGUUUGGGAUGGACCGUGCUAGUAAUCAGGGUGGAAAUGAAUCUCUGACUUACACAGCACCCAAGCAACCCAAGAAAGGAGGCAAAACACCAAAAGAGGGGGCGGCCCAAUCUUCGUCAGGGGGAGGACAGUCGGCCUUGUUACUAGCAGUGGCAGUCCAUGCAUACAGAUUUUCCAAUGGCACAUACAUCAAGCAUGGUAAGCUGGGAGCUGCCAUCUUGGGCAACCACACAGCUAACGAUUACAAACUUCUCCUGUACAUCAGCAAGCAGCAGCAGGUGACACAUGCCAGAAUCACACCGCAUUUUAUCUUCACAACACAAGCCAACAACUAUGCCACAUUUUACGAUGAGCAGCGGCAGAACUGGUCCAUCAUGUUUGAGUCGGAACAGAAUGCUGUCGACUUCGCCAAACAGGUGGGUUUGUCCAAGCUGAAUGCUUCCGGGGGCAUCACCAAGGGAGUCAUCCAGCAGGACCUGACAGUAGGCAUGGGGGAGCCAGUCAGUGAGGGAGACUCCGUGGAGGUCAAGUACACCGGAUGGCUGUAUCAAAGCAGGGCGUUUGGAAGCGUUUUUGACAGCAAUGCAACCGUUGACAAGGCAUUCCGUUUCAAGAUUGGCCGUGGGAAAGUUAUAAAGGGCUGGGAGGAAGGCGUGAUCUCCAUGAAGAAAGGUGGGCGCCGGUUGCUGCUGAUUCCCCCUGCGCUGGCCUAUGGGAAGAAAGGACUGGGCUCACGGAUACCAGCCAACUCCACGUUGAUAUUUGAUGUGGAGAUAAAAAAGAUCAAAGUCUCCAAAGACGAGACUGGUUCAGUGUCUUCAGACGCCAUGGAGGCGGCAUCUGCCUUGGCCAAUGAGCACCAUCGGGCAGCCUCACCAAGGGUGGACGGUGCAAGUAGCAGCGAUGAAGAAGAAAAGAUGCCGACACCAUCCAGCGCAAGCCACUCUAAACCACCAGUGCCAAGGAAAAUUAGCAGCGACGAAACCGUGAAGACGCGGUCAGCGUCCAUCACAGAACAGCUGUCCACAACCGCUCCCCAGAGCCCGGUGACCAGCAGUAAGGCCAAGCUGAUCUCCAGGAUGGCCAAGAUGGGACAACCCAUGCUGCCUCUACAGGGAGCUGCUGUAGCAGAGAGUACCGACGAUUCCGAGGUCGAUGAAAACAGUGCCUCGGACACCGGUUACACUUCCCCGCCACCGGUAUCCACCCACACCCACCCGCGUAGCAAGCCGGCUAAGACAGUACGCAAGCCGCCUACCAGCGUCAAGCCGGAGCACCAGCAUGCGCCGGUAGCCGACCACAUGACGCAGCAGGCCAGCAUGCAGAUGCACAUGCAGAACUCCACGCCGGGAAUGAUGCCGCAAAACACGCAAGCCAUGCCGCACUCACAUGCAGUGGCAGUCUACCAUCCUCAACAGCAACAACCCCAACAGCAGCAGCACCAGUUCCAGGCCCAGCCGCAGGUGCAACAGCAACCCAUGGCAAUGCCAGGCAUGGCAGGCAUGCAGGGCAUGCAGGGCAUGGCACAGCAACCAGGCUUUCAGUCCACAACCUUCCAUGGGAUGGGACCACAAUAUCCGUACCAGCAGCAGUACCCCGCCCAGACCACAGACCCCAAUCUCCUACUCCAGCAGCAGCAGCAAGCAGCAGCAGCUGUCGCUGCAGCCCAACAAACCCUACACCAGCAGCAGCAGCAGCAACAGCAGCAGGCAUUCGGCGGGGCUAUACUGACUGGCACCAGUCAGGCUUUGGUCCAGCAACCCCUGAGCAAAGAGCUGCCGGUCUUACUGUCGGAGUCCAGGCAGCAUCACUCGGAUCUUAAGAUGGUCAUGGACCUGGUGUCCGGCAAGAUUGAUAACCUUUCGACUAGGGUGGAAAAACUCAACUUCCAGUCUUCGGCGAGCGGCCAGUCAACCGCAGCCGUCCCAAAUUUAGAAGCCAACAUCUUGAUGCAGAACAUUGCCCGCAUCGUGCAAGAGAAUGAGAAGCUCAAGAAGGAGAACGUGGAGAAAGGCAGCAAGAUUGAGGCCCAGAACGAGAAGAUUGCAGAACUCAUCCAGAGGAAUCAAAUCCACAACAAUGUUAACAAGACAGUCAACAAUGACCAUGGCUAUGUCAAAAAGUUUGUUGAGCAGAGCAAUACCAUGAUGGAGAAGAGAAACGAUUCCUUUAAGCAGACAACAGCUCAGUCUCAGGCCAGGGUUCUGGAGAUGGAACAGGAAAAAGUUCAGCUGACGGCCGAGCUGAGCAAAGGCACAGCCAAGAUCAGCGCCCUUCAGAUGGAGCUAUCGGCAGUCCAGCAACGAGAGGGUGAACUCAAGAGUCAACUCAACCUGGGAAUCAACACCUCCCAGUCACAGUUGUCUGAGAUGGAAGUUAUGAGGGCUAAGCAACAAGAAUCGGACUGGAAAGUCACAGAGCUAACGAGGAACCUGAAGGAGGAGAAGGCGGAGAAGAAGUCUCUGAGCAACCGUCUCAUGGUCAUUGAGGAUGAACUCAACGAUCUCAAGAGUGAAAAGGAGAAUAUCGACAAGAAUCUAUCGGAGAGAAAGAAAAAGGCUGCCCAUGAAAAACAGAGGUUUGACGAGGAAAUGGAGGAGUUUAAGAAGCAGUAUGAGGAGGAGAUCAGUAGUUUACAGAACAAGCUGAGGUUACAGAAGUCAACCAAAGACAUUGCCACUGCUGAACAGGUUGCCCAGGUUGAGCGUGACCUUGAAUCCCAGUGGAAAGAGAGAUCAGAACGACUCCUAGCCCAGGCCACAGACAAACACGACAGGCUGUAUAAUGAACUCAUUGAUGAGAAAGACGCGCUUGCUAAGAAACUAGCUCAGACUGAGCAAAAGAUGAUUGCUUUGAGGUCUGGUCAAGGCGAAAUCAGAGAAGAGGCCAGUCAACUCAAGGAGCAGCUGUCGGAGAUGAGCGGCUGGAAAGAGAAGUACGACGGUUUGCAUUCCAACGCCUUGAGCAUGAAGGAACGCUAUGAGGAACGCAUCAAGGAACUGAUUCAAGACAAGGAGACGAGAGACGGUGCUGCAUCCCAGAUCAACAUCAUCGAUGAGGUCAAGAAGAUAAUGAACAGCGUUUACCACACGCUACGCAGCGAGUUUGAACCUGGAGGUAACUACAAAGGAGCGGACAUCCUGAACACCAUCAUGAACACCAUCAAGCUGGUGACCCUGAAACUUGUCAAAAGGUCAACAGGAGGCAGCACAGAAGAGGAAGAGGAAGAAGAAGAAGAAGAAGAGGAGGAGGAGGAGGAAGAAGAAGAAGAGGAAGAGGAAGAGGAAGAGGAAGAAGACAGCGAAGAAGAAGAAGACGAUACUGAAGAGGAAAAUGAGGAAGAAGAGCAGACACCGGUCCAUCAAGCUAAAGAGUCGCCUAAAAAGCCUACCCCUCCAGUCAAGGAAGCAGCCCAAGCUUCUGCCCCACCCUCUGCCUCACCCUCUUCCCCACCCCCUUCCGACCCUCCCUCCACCCAACCACCCUCCAUUCCAGCCCCGGCACCAGAUGAAGCAGAAGACAUCCCAGACCUUCCUGAUGUCCCAACCGUUGAGCCCCACGUCGAAGAAAGCGACAGUGAAGAUGAUGAAAACGAAGAUGAUGAAAACGAUGAGAAGAACAUCCCAGAAGAGGAUGGAGCCGAGGUUGCUACGGCAACCAAGGAGGCAGAGCCAGAAGAUGACCAGGAUGAGGGCGAUGCGGUCACCACGGAAACGAAACCAUCCCCGUCUCCCCAGCAACCAGAGGAUGAGGAGGAUGUUGACGGGCCAACAAGUCUCCCGCCCGAAAUGCCCCCAGAGGCCCUGCCCGAGCUGCCUCCAGAGGCCCCGCCCGAGCUGCCUCCAUCUGAUGAGGAUGGAGAAGAAAACAAAGAAGAGGAUGGAGAAGAAGACAAAGAAGCAGAAGAGAAGACAGCUGACCAAGAUGAAGAACAAGCAGCUGAGGUGAAAGCUGAGGUCCCUGAUAUGCCACCCCAGGACACCAUGGAUGAUCUACCGGACUUCACCCCCCAGGAUGCGACCACACCAGAUGACACAACCCCUGAGACUGCCCCACCCCCUGCAGCGUCUCCCCCACCGUUUCUGCCCAGCCUUCCUCCCGAGCUCCCUCCAGAAGACGAAGAGGAGCCAAAAGCCAAGAGUGCCAUGGAUGACAUCUUCGGUGAUGACGAUGAUGACGAGGAUGAAUUUUUCUCCACGCCUCCCACAAAGAGGAAGGAACUCAUCAAGAAAACCUCCACCACCAAACCAACAGACAAGAAAGAAGCCAAAGAAGCAGACUUCGGUGAUUCCCUCAAGUUGAAUGCCCCUCCACCUCUCUUUGGAUCUGAUGAUGAUGAUGAUGACCUAGACUGGCUGACCAGUAAGAAAUAAAGACAACCCAACUCAC